ACUAAUCCAUACACUUGGGACAACACAAGUAAAACAGUUACUUCAAAGAUAGCGAGCCUCGAUCUCACCUCCAGUAAAGAAAUUCAACUUUCCAACCUUACCGAAGACAUUGCUAUCACCAUAUCACGUGAUCCUAGUCAGUUUCCGAAAAUGAACUCGUUUUAUAUGAAGCCUGACAAGCCGGAUUCGGACGAUGUUGGAAAAUCAUACUUGAAGUAUCACUGUUUCAACAGGACUUCCCGCUGGACAGCUAUGAGUUUCGAGCUUCACCCAGAGGAUGUUAGCCUGAGUUUGAAGGUGUACUUAAAAACGGGCGGAAAGCCUGACGUGAGGGCUGGCGAUUUUAACCUGCAAUACGACCUGCCCGAUUUCAAAAGCUGCGAUGUUGACGUGGAUAAACGUAACGCCAGUGAGGAUAAUGAAACUGUGUUUAUCGAUCCGUUCAUUCAUUGUACGCGUCAUCCAUACUCUCUCUUCAUUUCAAACGUGGACUUUAACGAGACGGGCGAACAUUGUUUUGCGGUCCAAGUUCAAAAUGUUUCAGUGGACUACGAUCCUUACCAAGCCUCAGGAAAAUCACGCCGCAAAAGAUCAUUUGCGUGCGACAUCGGCAAGAGACGCAUGCGUCGUUCAUGCAUCGUUAUACCCCCUCCUCCUCCGAAACCACCGACCGAGUCGCCAUUCACAGUAUUAUUUGCAGACAAUCUCGGCUUCGACGGACAGUACUUCUUCCCCAACCAAACACCCAACUACAACAUGUCAAUGUAUGAGUCAAGUUGUUUGUACUGGGAUGAAGAAAACCAAACUUGGACGGGUCAUGGUUGUCGCGUUGGUCCUCUGACAUCUCGUAGCAACAUUCAAUGCUUCUGCAAUCACCUCACAUCAUUUGGCAGCGAUUUGGUUGUUGCACCAAAUCCAAUCGACUUCAAUUCAGUCUUGAAUAACUUCGGGAGUCUCCAAGACAAUGUCGCAGUAUUGGCUUUGAUAUCCACCGUGUUAGGAUUGUACAUUCUGGGUGUUUUGUGGGGAAGACGAGCAGACAAACGAGACGAUUUGAUGAUUGGUCCAACUAUUCUGUCAAACCCUCAUGGUAGCUAUCACUACCUCGUAACAAUCUACACGGGCAACAGACCAGGUUCGGGUACAUCAGCGAAAGUCUUUUUUAAAAUGGUUGGGGAUGACGAUGAAACGGUACCGGUCAAACUCUGGGAUGCAAAGAGACCAUGUUUUGAACGAGGCCAGGAGAAUCAGUUCAUUGUCUCUUAUUCUCAGGAAGUUGGGGAGCUGAGCUACGUCCAAAUAUGGCAUAACAAUGCAGGUGUAUCACCAUCUUGGUACCUGAGCCGCCUUUCUGUCAAAGAUAUUCAAACAAACAAGCAAUGGUACUUCGUGUGUGAUAACUGGUUAGCAGUUGAGGCAGAAGAUGGCAAAGUAUGUCGAGUUCUUCCUGUGGCCAACGACCAAGAAUUGACCAAUUUCAAUCAACUCUUUACAGCACGGACAGUCAAAGGUUUGGCAGAUGGUCAUCUAUGGUUCUCAAUAUUUUCAAGGCCCCCUAGUAGCAACUUCACGCGCGUCCAACGUCUCUCGUGCUGUCUGUGCCUUCUUUGUUGCACAAUGAUCACGUCAGCGAUGUUUUACAACAUGGGAGGCGACGGGCCGAGUCCCUUUUCCAUCCAAAUUGGCUCACUAGUCAUCGACCUUAAACAAUUCGUAAUUGCCUUGCAAAGCAGUCUCAUUAUUGUCCCAGUUAACGUGGCGAUUGUGCAAAUUUUUCGCAAUCUGAGACCAAAACCGAGCAAAAAGGAUAUUUACAAGGAGGAGAAAGAAGACAACAACGAAAAGGAAGAAAGCGCUGGGGAAAAACCUAAAGGAAAGCUUCCAUACUGGUUUAUCUACGUCGCAUAUCUGUUAUGCUAUUUAGCUUCUGCAGCCUCGAUUUUUUUCACUUUAUUGUACAGUAUUCAGUGGGGGAAAGAGAAAUCGACAGAGUGGGUAAUCGCCAUGGUAACAGCCUUCCUACAGUCCGUUCUACUCUUGCAACCAGUUAAAGUUCUGGUUCUUGCAAUCGUGCUAGCGGUGUUUGUACGAAAGCCUGCGGAUGUAGACGACCAAGAUGACACUCCAGUUACAUAUGAACCACCGAAAACUGUGUCGAAAAGGCGUAGAAAAAGUACAAACCGACUGAAAAUAUAUAGUCCCCCAGAUCCAGAGACUCUAAAGGAGGCUCGUGUUAAACGUUUAAAAGAAAUCAAAAUGAACAGCAUAAUAAAAGAAAUUGCAACCUUCUUUAUUUUCCUCAUCAUGCUCCUGAACGUCGCCUAUUACCAUCGAGAUCCCAAUACAUUCCUUAUGACCAAGACUUUGUAUGAGACUUUUGACGAAGUGGACGCUUUUAGCAUCGAUUUGGGAGCGGUCUCCGACGGUGAUUCGUUGUGGAUGUGGGCGCGUGAGACACUCGUUCCAGGUCUCUACGCGAAAGAGUGGUACAAUGGCAAGAAAAUUCAAAAAGGCUUUAUCGCAAACAUGGAACACUAUCUUGUUGGGGUUCCUCGGAUGAGACAAGUAAGAGUUAAAAAAGAUUCCUGCAAAGUGGACGAAUUAUUUGAAGACAGAAUACCCCAUUGCUAUGACGCUUUCUCUUUUGCUAACGAGGAGGUUGAAACGUUCGGAGUAUCCUGGAAGCCGUUGGGAAAGGACUCGGCUCGAAAACGCAGAGACCUCGCGAACACGCCGCUAACCGAGGAACAAUGGCUUGAAAGAAUGUUUAGUUCGACUGCAAAAGAAGAAGACACAAAAAGCCGGACCACAACGUCCGGGAAAGGAUUCCAUCGGAGAACACAUUACCUGAGAAUUUAUUGCCAAAAGACGCGCUUGCUCAGAGAAUUAGUAAACAUGAAAAUGUGCAACAAAAUAAGCGCGAGAAAGAUACCAACCGGCAGAAGAGGGCGGUCGAUCCAAUAACUUCGUCGGUAACUGGGAAAAAUCGCAGAAAAAAGAAGCGACUGUUGGCCAGCAACAAACCAAAAGUCUACUCCAUAAAUGCAGAAGCGUUGC